AUGACAGACUCAGUCUGGUGUAAGGCCUUCCCACCAACUCUGGAGGGGCUGGCAGCGAAAUGGUACGGCGCCAUCCCUAAAUGUUUUGUAUACUCGUACAACCAGCUGAAGAGGAUGUUCAUGGAGCACUUCAUAACCCUGGUGGACAAGACCAAGAGGAUAACCGAGCUGAUGUCCUUGGUUCAAGGAAAAGACGAGCCCCUGAGGGAUUUUAUUACCAGAUUCAACAAAGAGGCAACAACCAUUCCAAACAUGAGCCAGGAGGUAGCACUGUUGGCAAUGCAGAGCGGUCUACUGCCAGGGUCACUCUUCAGAGCGUAUAUGGGGCGUAAGAGCCUCAAAACGCUCGCGGAAGCGCUGGGUAAAGCGCACGAGUUCAUCAAGGCAGAUGAGACUGACAGGGCAAUGCUGGAGAGGAAAGCAGUAGGAGACCCAAUCAGGCGAGCCGAGGUCACCCGGGCAGAGAACGCGCCCAGGGUGGACCAACCAAGCAGGGGAGAGCAAAUCCGCAGAGAAGCGGACACGGUCGUAGGGCUGAGAAGAUCCGAUCCGCGGAGAGGGCCAAGGCCUGGGAAGUUUGAUCAAUACACCCCACUGACCCAUUUAAGAUCUCACAUAUUCAGCGUGAACAAAGCUGAUGAUAAGUGGCAGAGGCCCCCAAGGAUGAUAAACAGAAGCCGUGAUACCAGUAAGUGGAGGGAGGAGGAUAGAGCGGGCCGAUAUGACCGCAGAGGAGGUCAUAGGGGUCCAGCAGGAGAUAGGGACAGAGAUAGCAAGCCAGAGGGCAGGGUGUAUGUGAUCAGUGGAGGACCAGUACAUGGGGGGACAGUCAACAGAGCGCGGGCUGACCUAAGGGCAAUGAUACAUCAGAUUAAUGACAAUGACAAGCGUAGAUGGCCACCCCUUCCCCCGCAGCCACGAGCCAUGUUUUAUGAGUAUGACCAGAAGGGCAUAAUUUACCCUCAUGACGACCCGCUGGUGGUAACAUUGAGAAUUGCAAACUGGGAGGUGGAUAGAAUACUGAUAGAUGGAGGCAGCUCAGCCAACAUCAUCUACAUCAGUGCGUUCAACGAGCUGAAGUUGGACAGAAAAGAUCUAAAGAGAGUAAACUACGAGGUCACCGGGUUUAAUGGCUCGGGGCUUACCCCAGAGGGCAUAAUCGAGCUAAGUCCGGGUAGGAGAGAGGUCAAGAAGGCGUGA